AGGUCAUCAUGUUGAUUAGCACCAAAUAAUAAAUAUCAAUUCUUCUUGUACUCAAAGCUCCGAGGCCUUACCAAAGUUCAAUUCAUGAAUGUCGCGACUCAACAUCCUUAUAUGUGGAGGCGGAUGCGCAGGUCCAGCCCUAGGCUUCUGGCUUGCGAAAGGCGGCCAUAAAGUCACCAUUGUCGAGCGUUUCCCGGCGCUUAGGGCCACUGGUGCUCAGAUUGACCUUCGUUCUCAAGGAAUUGAAGUCGCUAAACGAAUGGGUCUCCUGGAGACGAUUCGUUCCAAGCUCGUCGAUGAAGCUGGAGUAGCAAUUAUCGAUUCCCACGGUAAUGUCAAAGGUACCAUAAUGGCAAACAGAUCUGGCCAAGGUAGACAGGGUCCAACCUCUGAGUACGAAAUCAUGAGAGGAGAUCUCGUUAGGAUACUAUACGACGCGACGAAGGGCCAAGUUGAGUAUGUCUUCGGCAUAACUGUUGAGAGUUUCGAGCAGGACGACAAGCAGGUAGUUGCUCGCUUCUCUGAUGGCUCAUCAGGCACCUUCGACAUGCUCGUCGGCGCUGAUGGCCAGGGUUCACGUGUCCGGAGAGCCAUCUUGUCUCCAGCUGCUCCAGAACCAUAUCGCCGAUUAGGCAUACACAUGGCAUACUAUUUCAUCCCACGUGAGCCAGGAGAUACCAAUAUCCGUAGGACGUACCACAGCCCCGGUGGAAGAAUGAUAUUUCGUAGAACGCAUAAUGAUACCGAAACCCAAGUGUAUCUCAUUCUCAGGGAUGAUGAUCCUCAAUUGUCCAGCAUUCCCAAGACCUCAAUACACCAGCAGAAAGAGUUCUGGACCGAGAGGUUCAAGGGCGCAGGAUGGCAGACUGAACGCUUUCUGAAAGGAAUGCAGACGACAGAGAACUUCUACUCUCAGGAAGUGGUCCAGGUGUGUACCAAUACGUGGUCCAAAGGUCGAGUCGUACUCAUCGGAGACGCUGCGCAUUGCCCUUCUCCCUUUAGCGGAAUGGGGACUUCGGCAAGUUUAGUCGGUGCCUACGUAUUGGCUGGAGAGAUUAACCGCCAUCCUGAUGACUUGUCACAAGCAUUUUCGAACUAUGAUCACAAGCUGAGACCCUUCGUCGAGGAAGUUCAAAAACUCAAGCCGACCCUUCUUCGCCUGGCCAUUCCAGAAACCCAAUGGGGUAUUGCGAUUUUGCAUUUCAUUGUUGGUCUGAUCUGUUUCCUCCGCAUACCCGAACUUUUACCAAGAUGGAACAGAGAAGACAAAGACGGGUGGAAUUUACCAUUGUACCACUAGCUCGAACAGCACUGUGAACACUGUACUCUUGUAUGCCAUUAUGUUGACUUCAUUAGAUACAGAUAUUUUCGUGCCAUUGACAAUGUAUCCUAUGAUGUAAUACCGCAAUUAUGAAAUAGCCUAUGCACUAUCCGUAUGACAGGUUAUCAAUAUUUCUAUAUGGACCUAAUUUACAACUUUUACUUGGAGACCUAUGUAGUCUCGACUAUCUCACAGGUCGAUAGAACGCUCUUUAUACCGCCUGUCUCUCCGGUAAUUUGAGAUUCAUAACA